AUGAAGCAUCGAGGUCAACAGGGCGGUUUGAAAGGUGGUCGGGGAACGGGGGAUGUGCAGAGUUUCAAAAGGUUGCUCCAAGGUCCCGGAAAUGACGGCGCCCACAACGGUCAAGCGUGGGAUAUCGGCAAGCCGCGGCGGAGAAUCAAAUUUCACAAGGCCCGCAAAGUCGAGAACGGCUUCGUUUCUUUGUCAACUGGCACGACCAAAGGCCCGUGCCCUGCGUCGGGCUGCUUGGGAGGCGUCGUUGCCGGCCCCCUGACAGGAAAGAAGGCCCGAGAGCGUUUCAGUGAGGCCAUGGACAAGGAUGCUGCAGCGCCUGGCUUGCCAACGCCGGAGAAAGGCAUCUUCCCGGAAUCAAAGAUUCAUCCCCUGAUGACCUGGAUCCGCGUGGAGCGUGUGGGUCCGGGCCUCUACAACCUGGGGAACACUUGCUUUCUGAACGCCACCUUACAGUGCUUGGCGUACCUGCCCCCGCUCGCGCAGUACUUUCUGAGCAAAAAGGAGGAGGAAAGGGUGCCGUCCGUGCUCUCCCCUGGGGCCGGGCAGGGACAUCGCGGAGGGGGCCAGGCCCGGGGGGGCUGGCUGGGCCUUGUGCGGGACUUGAUCGCCAACAUGCACACGGGCUCAGGGGCCGGAGGCGGGGAUCGGGGCGACGGCCUGGCCCGGCGGGAGGGCGGCCGGAGCCCGAUCUCACCCAAGGCGAUCGUCGGGAACCUGAAGGCCCUGAACCGGCAUUUCCGGGUCGGUCGGCAGGAAGACGCGCACGAGUUCCUCCGUCACCUGCUGGACGCGCUUCAGAGCGGUUGCCUCCAAGCCGCCAGGGUCAAGAGCAACGCCCCAGGCCGGCUGGCGGAGACCACCUUCGUGCACCGGAUCUUCGGGGGCUAUUUGCGCUCUCAGGUCCGCUGCACCCAGUGCGGGCAUUGCAGCAACACCUACGACAAUUUCCUGGACCUGUCGUUGGAGAUCCACGGGAAGGUGGGUCGGCUCGAGGAGGCGCUCGCCCGCUUUACGGCCGUGGAGACCUUGGACCGAGCAAACCGAUGGAGGUGCCCCGCCUGCAGCCAGCUCGUCUGCGCCCAGAAGCGGCUCAGCUUCCACACCGCCCCCAACGUGUGCACGGUGCAGCUCAAGCGCUUCAUGUUCGGAUCUCGCAGCAGCAAGCUGAGCAAGAACGUGGCCUACCCAGAGAGCCUGCGCCUGAGCCUGUCCGGGCCCGAGGGCUCGGCCCGCUACCGGCUGGCGGGGGUCCUCGUCCACGCCGGCGCCUCCGUGAACAUGGGCCACUACUACUCCCUGGUCAAGGCGGCCAACGGCUGUUGGUACGAGAUGGACGAUGCCCAGGUCCGGCAGGUGGGCCUGCCCACGGUCUUGCACCAGCACGCCUAUCUCCUCUUCUACGUGAAGGUGGGGCCAUCGCCGCCCCCCGCGCUGGACAGGCGGGGUCGCGACGAGGAGGAGAAGGAGGGCGAGAAACGACUGGCGAAAACCUCCCCAGGACCGGACACGGCGACAACCAGCAACGGCAGCGGUCAAGGCCGGCGCGCGGCCACGCCGGGCUGGAGCGAGGUGGGCUAG